GCGAAAAGCUUCGCAAUGGCUGAGCUUUGGUACGGGAAAAGGAAAGCACACCCCGCCUCACAGCGGUCAACUUCUCACUUCAACUCAUUCGCUUGUGAGCGGUUGCGGCGGACGCACGUCUCUGUGUCGCUCCCAUUUACAGAUCCGCACGCGAUCGUAACAAAAACUUUUUUCAGUGCAGUGACAAUUAUAUUUUCGGACCCAAAAAAAAGAUGGACACGGUCGUUUCGUUGUGCUGUGAGUUUUUCUAACCCGUGCAAAGACUAAUCGGUCACAAGUGUACUGAAGAGGCUAAUUACGAGUAAGCUAAUUGGCUGGGCCGGCGUUUCAUGAAGUGCGAGAGGCGAACGCCGCAGCAGGCGAGCGGCGGCAGUCCGGGCCUCCCCCACAUGCUAGCCAUGGACGUCACCAAGGAGGCGCGCGCAUCGCCGCUGCCGGCUUCUGCUCAGCAGCCGUCCGCAUCCUCGCAGCAGCCGCAACAGCCUCAGCAGAUAUGUGCUGGGUGUAGCAAGGUGAUAACGGAGCGGUACCUGCUGAAGGCCCUGGACCAGUUGUGGCACGAAGAUUGCCUCAAGUGCGGCUGCUGCGACUGCCGCCUCGGGGAGGUUGGGCACACACUCUACACGCGAGCUAACCUUAUACUGUGCAAACGGGACUAUUUGAGGUUAUUCGGGAAUACCGGGUAUUGUGCUGCGUGCAAUAAGGUGAUACCCGCUUUCGAGAUGGUGAUGCGAGCACGCAGCAAUGUUUACCAUCUCGAGUGUUUCGCUUGCCAGCAGUGCAACCAUAGAUUCUGCGUGGGUGACCGCUUCUACUUGUGCGAGAACAAGAUCCUCUGCGAGUACGACUACGAAGAGAGGCUGGUGUUUGCAAACAUGGCGUAUAACCCGCCACCACUUGCGCACCUCAAGCGGCAGACCACCCAUCUGCCACCCCCACCGGCAAACGAGCGGACGAUCCACCUGAUGUUAAGAAGUCACCGUUGCAUGGACAUCAGCAAUACCAGUGACACAGGUAUGCCGUUGACUUUCGUGGAACACUCUUUUUGAGCUUUUCUUGAAGAAGAUCUUGUUAUAGUGCUGAGGGAACACCAGGGAACUCCGUGGACUUAGAUCUGGAGUGGAGACCACAAAUCGGCAAACUAACGUAGUAUGGGGCACUCCACGGCUGGAUGGAGCGACGAUAUCCGAAUGGCAGAUGAUGUGCUAUGGGAGAGGCCUAUGUUCAGCAGUGGUCCGAUGCAGACUGAUGACCGGGAUUUGAACCUGAUCCCGGUGAUAAUUAAAAAGUUCCUAAAGUUACAAAUAUUUAUUAUCUCCAUUGAGAACGUAACCUAAUAAGAAUGUAUGAUAUUUCACUUUUUAGGACUCAGGGGUCUUUUCAAGGCCCAAGCUUCUUGUAUAGAUUUUGGCAGUAUUUGUCUCCUACCCUUCAAUAUUACAUAGCCCAUAUGUUUAUCUAAGAAUAUUAAACUCCGCCAUUCUUAUAAAGAGACAGUUUUAAUACAUCUUGAGGAAAAAAAAAUACAGUUAAUAUAAUAUAUUUUUUCCUUAACCUGUUCAAAAGCUCUGUACUCACCACUGACACCAAUAGCUCAAGGGUGGAUAUCAUUCUAAAUUUAUAAAUUGUUUUUAUAUUUACUAAUAAGUUUUCCUAAGUAUAAAAAAAUAAACAUCGACCAUUUAUCGAGUUAAAUAAAACAUCAAUACCUUUCAUCAACAGACGAGCAACGCGAUGGGCGCCAUGAUAAAUGGUUCGAGUCGUUCUGGCGAUUUGAACAACAACAUGUCGGGUGCAUCGCCGGCCCCGUUCGCGCCGCCCCCGCACCUCAAGCCCCUCGGCCUGUCCGCGUCCAGCUGAGACUACCGCGUUUGAGAUCUGGCCCAUCCGUACUCCAAGUUUCAAAACUAGUCGCGCGUGGUACACCGUUGACUCAAGCAGUGCGUGGUAGGACAUUACUUUUCAUUCGUCAGCUCGGACUGUGUAUACAUUAACGAACUUAACAAGUGUUAAUGGUAGUGAAAAAGCAAAGCAAAUGCCAAACUGUAGUUAGUUCACAUUGAUUGUUACGAUGUAACGCAGUUUAUUCACGUGUCAUUCGAAUCAUGGCUUCUGAAAUAUUAAACAUAAAUAAUAAUUAGGAAUUCCACUCAGACUUAUUUAUGAUGUGCGUUGUUGAUUUGUUACGCUUGUUCAAGUGCAGUCGGCAUUUAGUAAAUUUAGUUUUUAUAAUCUCAUAAGUUGAUCUCAGAGAGGUAAUUCACUGAUAGUAUAGUAAAUAUGUGACAAUUGGUAUCUUUAUGAUAAUGUUACUAGUUGAUUUUGUAUCAACUCUAUCUCUCUGUCGAGUUGAGAGUAAUUAUAUUGUAUUGAGACAACACUUUAUUUCCUUUUUCUCGGAGUAUUUUUCAUCGAUAAUUUACAAACAAAAUCUGAUAAUGUUGAUUGUAUGUAUCUGAGUUAUGUAUUGUACUCAUCAUGUAAUAGAUACUCGGAUAGAGCCAUCUAAGUGCAGGUUUUAAGACUGCUUGAUUUAUUUGAGGUAAUUUUGUAGUACCUAUAUAAGAGCGUCAAUGUUAUUGUAAAUAUUAAUUAUUAUCAAUGUAUGUAUAGAUGUACGAGGCAGUUAAAGUUAAUUAUUGAAUUUAAGAAUUGAGUCACUUAAAAUACGCUUGGAAAUUGUAUUACGGAAAAUUAAAGUAAUUUUAAUUUUGAAAAAUAAAUAUUGAAUUAAAAUAACCUACAAAGGAAUAUGAUUGUAUAAUAGCGUAUUUUUGGUGAUGUUACUCUAUAAAACUAAAUUAUGAUUAUUGUUUCAUGUUUAUUUUUAUUUGGCUAAGCCGAUUUGGAGAAUUGAAUUAUUUUCAGAAUUCUCUCUUUGUUGUUUUGUUUUGAACUCAUGAUGUAUAUUUAUUGUUAAGUUUACUGUAAACAUUGUUGUGAUGUUUGUAUUAUUUAUGUAAAUAAAAUUCUCGCUGUAAGUAGAAUAUUUGUAUGCAAUUAUUAAAAAGUAAAUGUAUUUGAAACGAAUAGUGAAAUGUCAAUAUACUUAAGUUUUCUCUAAAGUAUAUUACUUUAUAGUUCAAAAUAAUUUCUUAAGCUACGUUUUAAUGGAGUCCUUGAGAUUUUCUAUCUUUACUGUAUAUAAAUAUGUACAGUUUUCAACUGUAGCACGUGUUUUGCCUACAUUUUAGAAAUAAAUAAACGGGUCAUCACACGCCUAUUUAAAGUUAUACAAACACUUUGUUUUCGCUAAAACUUCUUGCUGAGUGCAAGACGAUUAAAUACUGCUUUAUAAUGUUUUGCCCGUCUGAAGAGCUUAAUGUAAAACUUUACAGAAAAGCUGUAAAUUUCCUGAUACCGUUAUUUUUAAGGAAUACCUAGAUUUUAAUACUAAAAAGGAAAAUUACUUUAUGUAAUGCACCUAUAGAAUUUGAAUUCAGACUUUACAAACACUAGAUAUCAUUUAAUUAUUUGAUAAAUUACAAAAGUUUUUUUUUAAACAGGCGAUCUAACACUACUUGCUAAUUGCAUUCCUAUGUGUACAAUUGUAGGAAUACACAUUUGUGAAUAAUUAUUUAGUGUCUGGUUCUUUUUAAACCAAUGAUAACGACCAAAGAUGUAGCUCAUUAAAACCUUAUUGAAAAACUAGUACCUGGAAUUUUAUUUCUGCUGUCCUGACAUAUCAUUUGAAAUAUUUUUAAACUUUGAGCACAGGGUUUAAUUUUUUUUAUGUAAUAAAAAGUAAGACUAA